UCUUCUUCUCGUCUUUCUUGUGUCAGAGUGAAGCGCAUCUUCGUCCUCGCGCCUCCAAAUGUCCACUCGGAGUCUCCGGGACCGGCUCUGAGUCCUCCGCGGCCUUCACGGACCCGUCCCCCGGGCACGGUGCGUCGGUUGCGGGUUUCCUGUUGAAGUGUCGGUGGGAGACCGAUGGCCACCAGCGGCUCCGUCCCCAGCAUCAGCACCAGCGCCGCCGGAGGGCCGUCGGGCCAGACAGGACAGCCGGGAUUCAACCAGCAGCCCUAGCGGGUCGCCCCACGGUUCAGAUCUCCAACUCUGGACUGAGCUGCCUUCGCUGACCUUUGACCUUCCUCUGACACCAGGCUGAGGGGCCGUGACCCCUGGCGCCGCCAUGACGACGAGGAGAGUCGCCGCGUGAUCGAACCAAACGGCUGACGGAGCUCAGGAGGACGAGGACAAAGAGGAUGUGAAUGUAGUGCUGGUUAAUGAAACAAGCAUCUGAUUUACGUGAGGGACCUGAACGCACCAAAGUCCUGUGAACAUGACCCUGAAAAACCACCUGAACCUUUGAGUCCAGCAGGAAACGCCCGAACCAGGACCGUCAGAGUCCACAAUGUAGAGACAGGAAGUGGGCGGGACUGUAACGACGCUGAUGAUUGUCUCGUUUUGACGCAAGAGAAAGUUUUUCUUGAUAUAAAAACGAAAAUAAUAAUCAGAGAAUCACAGACAGCAUUUACGAUUGUUUCAGUUGAAGUCCUGAAGAACCAAAAGAUCCAACAGCUGAGCCAUAAAAACCAGAACCACAGGAAGAGGACCGGGUCGGACCGGUUUCAAUCCAACAGGGACACAUCAUGAUGACGCAUCUGCACGCCGGCCUGAGCUCGGAGACGACGGAGAAAGCCCGUCUGGAGCUGAACGAGAACCCGGACACCCUGCACCAGGACAUCCAGCAGGUCCGGGACAUGAUCGUCACGCGACCUGACAUCGGUUUCCUGCGAACGGACGACGACUUCAUCCUGCGCUUCCUCAGAGCCAGGAAGUUCGACCAGGUGGAAACGUUCCGUCUUCUGGCCCAGUACUUCCAGUUCCGGCAGCAGAACCUCGACAUGUUCCAGAGUUUUAAGGUGGACGACCCCGGGAUCAAACGGGCGCUGAUGGACGGAUUCCCCGGCGUGUUGGAGACUCCGGACCAACACGGACGGAAAAUCCUGAUCCUGUUCGCCUCCAACUGGGACCAGAGCAGGAACUCCUUCACUGACAUCCUGAGGGCCAUCCUUCUGUCUCUGGAGGUGCUGAUUGAAAACCCAGAGUUGCAGAUCAACGGUUUCAUCCUCAUCAUCGACUGGAGCAACUUCUCCUUCAAACAAGCAUCAAAACUCACGCCCAACAUCCUCAAACUGGCCAUUGAAGGCCUGCAGGACAGUUUUCCUGCUCGUUUCGGUGGGAUCCACUUCGUUAACCAGCCGUGGUACAUCCAUGCCAUGUACACCAUCAUCAAACCGUUCCUCAAGGACAAAACCAGGAAACGGAUCUUCCUCCACGGUAACAACCUGAACUCUCUGCACCAGCUCAUCCAACCUGAGUGUCUGCCGUCGGAGUUCGGCGGGACGCUGCCGCCGUACGACAUGGGCAUCUGGGCCCGAAUGCUGCUGGGACCCGACUACAACGACGACACCGAGUACACGCUGACCUACGACGCCCUGCACGUCAGGGAGAACGGAGGAGGAGGAGGAGACAAGGACAUGAUGAAGAGGUCUCAGUCGGCGGUGGAACCAGGAACUCUACGACAGACGGAUCGAGAGACCAGCACCCCACUACUGGCCCUGGACUGAACACACACACACACACACACACACACACACACACACACAAAACACACAACACAGGCACAAACAGACUCACAAAUACACAACACAGACACACACAGACUCACUGUACCGAAGCGCAGUUGUAACGUGGGAGGAGCCUCUGCUUUGUGAGGGCGUCGCCAUCAUCCCGUUUCUUAGUUGGACGUUUUUUCUCUUUCUGCUUCAGUUUGAAUUAUCGACCAAUCAGCUGCUGUCGCCGUGCAGAACCAGCCAAUCAGAGCUGAGAGACGAAACCAAACUGAGGCUGAAUUUCCUGAGUUUUCUUUCCUUUGUAAUUUCACAGAAUCUUUUGGUGAAAUGCAUCUUGGGAGUUGUCAGUCAGAUUUUACCGUUGACGUUUUCAUCAAGCUCCGCCCACUUUACAACUCCAGAGGGUCGUGAAAAUGCACAGAUUCACUGAUGCUGAACACAAGCCACGUCUUUACUUGGACACGUGUCAUUUCCACUCGGUUAAUCGUGACAAGACUGACCAUCAACCUUAAAAAGAGAUGGUUUUAAUUUGAAGAAACACGAAAUAUUUUGUUAAUCUCAAAACAUCCACAAAAUGUGAAUCAUAAACGUCGGCAUCAUCCACAAACACAACAACGGACGACAAACUGAAACUCACCAGGUAACACAACGGCCACGUUAAGGCAUCGAUACGAGUCAGUUCAGCCUCAGACUGUGGCGCUAACUCGAACCCCUGACGCACAUCACAUGGUUCUUUGUGGCGUUGUGUUGCGUUGACUUGAACACAAUCACAGACUCACCCACUUCCUGUUUCUGAGCCCGUCAACGGCGUCGACAAUUCACAACAGGCAGGAAUGUACUCACACUGUCCAAACUGGGAGGCUAAUGGUAGUAUUUCAGUCGCCAUGGCAACAGAGCACACUCCACUCUGAUUGGCUGGACAGGAUCUGGGUUCCAUGGACGGAAACAUGUAUCGCGACUGGAAUGUGAUGUACGAUGUUUAUCCUAUGACGGAGUCCUGGCACCACAAUGAAGAUAAACCCAAUAUUAUGACGCUAAAGUUAUAAAUAUUUGUGAGACUUUGAAAAUGUAGUCGAGAUAUUAUGGCACAAAAUUUGGAAGAAUUUUUUUGGGAUUUAAAGAAUAAAUAUUAACUUUGGUUUUCGUAGUUAUGAAAUACAAGAUUAAUUUCUUAUCAAAUAUGUUAUUUGGAUCUAUCAACUAACAAGACAAUAGCUAGCAACAUUUACCCAAUGAGCUAACAGCAGUUAAUAUUAGUUGGUGACAAAAAUUUACAUUACAUGAGUUAGCAGCUAACAUUAGCUUGUGUGCAACAUGAGAUGGCUGCAGUUAUCAUACAUGCAAACAUCACCUUGGAUACCUCAUUAGGUACCAUUAUCGACUGCAACUAUCAUCUAGUGAGCUAAAUUUAUCAAAAAUUUUCUCUAUUAUUACCUUGUGAGCUAACAGCAGCUAACAUUUUACUAGUUAAAUUUACAUAAUUUAUCUAUUGUUUUUACUUUGCAGGGUAACAGUAGCUAACAUUUGCUAGGAAGCUAACAUUAUCUACUAGGCUAACAGCAGCUAAUAUUAGCUGGCAAACUAACAUUACCUAGUCAGCAAAUACUGCACAACACUAGGUACCAAGGUCAUCACAGCUAACAUCAAACAAGGUAAAUUUACCUAAUUUAACUACUGUGAGCUGUUACCUUGUGAGCUAACAGGUGCUAGCAUGAAGGAGCUACCAUUAGAUGGAGGGGAGAAUCCAAAAAAGCUGAACUUGUUCAUGACUUGUGAGAAAAUAUUAGCAUCUGGAUUCUCAGUUUUAAUUAUUUAGCUAAUCUCCUCUUUCAUUAGCAUCGCAUAUCAGAUAUUGUUGUCAAAAGAAACAUGUAUUUAAUUAAUGUGAAACAAUAUUAAUCUUCUAUUUCAUGAUUAAUAAAACCAAAGAUAACAAAGAUAAUCAGGUGAAGUAGCAAUUAAGGAAAUGUACAAAUUGAUUUUAUUCGUCACAGGUUGAUCUGAUAAAGGAGGUGACAUGAAGUGUACGAUGUAUUUGACUUCACGUGGACGUAAAUAUAUGAAAACUCUUGAAAAAACAAAACAAAAACAGUAACAUGAGGUGAAAACCGUCUUCGUUCUGAAUACGUUGAACACGCUUUAAUCUGCCUCAUCUACAAUCAAUGCUGAAAUAUUUUCCCAUAAUGUGAUUCAGUGUUUGACAGAAGUAUUCACUGUUACUGAAGGACUGAAACUCAAACCAGGUGGAAUCAUUUCACUGUUUGUUGUGUUAAUGAACAGGAUGUUUAACGACGACCGCUCUCAUGCAUGUUCAUGUUCAAUCCAGACGUGAAGGGACAGUGAUGAAACCACCGGACGCCAAACGUUCACCUUUAACCUCGACUGCAGAAGAACAAGAUUGUUUUUAUUGAAUCUAACUUAUUUAAAGAUUGUAUAUUAUUGUGAAAAGUAUUAUUACGCUGCAAAAACAGUGACCGACCUGUUGAAACGUAUUUAUUAUCUCUGUAUCUGAACAGAAAUAUUCAGGAUUUGUGUGUGAAUCUGAUGGAAACCUUCGCUUCGCCAUCGUUUCAUGUUAAACCUGAGUUGUGGGUUAAACUUCAGGUCGUCCUGUUUUGCAGAGUUUAGGACUUGUUAUCAGGGCUCAGUGAUCUGUAAUGUCAUGGAUUUCCUUUCAAUGAAUGUAUAGAGUAAACAUUUACACCAACA